CGGAGCUCAGCGCCCGGACGGUAGGGGUGAUCCGGAGGGGCGAAGACUCCUCGAUAUUCUCCAUCACCACCACAAAAUAUAGCUACACAGCUGAGUGAGUGAUCCUCAUAUCCUCAAUAGACCAGCUUUGAGCACGUCUUCUUCCGGCGCAGACAUGUGACGUAAAGGGCGCAAAUAUACAACAAGGGAGGUGUUUGUAAUAAGUUGAGACGCUGGAGCAAAAGAGAAAAGCUUGCAUCCAUGGAGAAGAUGCACAACUGGCAGGAGAACGAAAUCAAAGAACUUUUGAUCAUCCGGGGGUCGGAGGCGAUCCGUGACCAGAUGACGGGGACGGUGAAGGACUCUGUAGUUUACAACAGGAUGACCAAACUGCUGGCGGAGAGGGGGGUGUACAGAUCACACAUGCAGGUGAUCAGCAAACUGAAGGCGCUGAGGAAGCAGUACACCAAGUACCACCAGCAGAAGACCCGCUGCGGGAGCGACCGCGUCGACUGGCCGUUUUAUGAGCUGUGCCACCGGGUUUUCGGGAAUGCCCCCGCGGGGAACCCGGUGAAACGUCAAAGGACUCCCACACCUCCACCGUCGCCCCCUCCUCCUCCUCCACCUCUGCCGCCUGACGUCAGCGAGGAGCAUCAGGAGGUUGUAGUCGGGCUUUGGGACGAAGUUGACGACAGGGAGCUUAACAAGCAUCUGGGUUCAAUGGAGGCAGAGGACGAGGACGAGCAGUACAGCCCACCAGAACAGUUGCAGCCCAUUAACACCACGUACAAAAUUCCAUCGAAGAAAAGGAAAACGACGGUGAUGGAGCAAGUCUCUACGUUAGUGUCAGCGACGGUCAGCCAGCUCCGAGAGAUGGACGCGUCCAUGCAGGUGCAGGAGGACGCCCGACUACAGAGGUUGAUGGACCAUGAGAAGGAAAUGCAGAACAAUCUAAUGAGCCAGCUGGUGACCAUGCAUGAAAGGAUCAGCCGAGAAAACCACGAAAGAAACCUUGAACUCGUGGACAGGAUACUGUCUAGGUUCCCUUCACCUUCAGCACCUUCGGGUCACUAACUGACACUUCCUGUGUGAGCGGCGACGACGACGUACGACAGGGUUAUGCAGGUGUAGGGAACACCUCUGUCCCGCUCUCCUCCACCAGCUGACGUUUGCCCAAAUUCCUUUAUUUUAUUUUCACACUACAGGCCUUCAUGCUCCAUUCUGGGUCACUGCUCACAUUUAUAACUAUAAACUCCAAAUUAUGAAGUCCAUUUAAAUUAGUUUGCUAGACUAUAAAUUGGUGGAUUUACAUACUCUUAAAAAUAUCUGAAUGUGUUAAUCACAGCAUCACAUCUGUAGAGAAUUUGGAGAAUUAACAGCUGCAGUGUGAGCUUUCAGUUUACAUGAAAGCUGAUGAAUGAGUCCCACAAAGGGCAUGGAUGGAUGUACUGCACCUCUCCUGCCACCUCAUCUGAGCACGUUGGUGUAAACCACACAAAUCACACCAAGCACCACACAAAGCUGCGGUCUUUUGUUGUAGGAAAGUCGUUACUAAGCUCUAGCUUUCAUUUGGGAUCAUUAUGCGGUUACAGCUGAUCUGAAGUGGGGCGCCAGUAAAUGAUACCAGUUCCUGGUAAUAUUUUUGGAAUUUAGAGAAAGUGUUGCUUUGUCAAACAUUGAUGUAAAUUCAGGUGUGUGUGUCUGCGUGUGUGUGUGUAUCUGCGUGUGUGUGUGUAUCUGCGUGUGUGUGUGUGAAUAUGUAUGUGUAUAUAUACUGUAUGUAUGUGUGUAUAUACUGUAUAUGUGUGUGUAUAUGUAUGUGUGUGUAUAUAUGUAACCUGAACACUGUAGUAGAAGAGAAGCUGCUCUUCAGUGGUUCAUGAAUGGGAGUCUAUUUGUAGCACAGGUAAUUCAUGGUGAUUGAUAUUGUAAGAAAAAUAUACAGCUUAACUGAUUAGUUUAAAAUUCUGAGAUUUAUUAGAAAUAUCCAUUUAGAAAUACUAUACAGAAAACAGGAACAAUUUACAUUUUACAAACUGAGAAUCUAAAAUAAUUUGCAGUAAAAGCUUGUGGUUCUGGUGUCAUUCUUGGCUGACACGAAAUUCCCGGUUGCAUUUACGGUUGUCAGCAAUCCGGGAGAAAACGUGUCAUUGAGGAAAAUCACCUUCUGUAUCUGACAAACUAAAAAUCAGUCAUUGCACUCCAAUAUAUCCUGUUCAAAGUGGCAACACAGCAUUAAACAUAGGCAUUACUGGUGUUAGUUUCACUUUCCUUAUUAAUUUGAGAGAAACAAAACUGUAAUUCCACAUUGAAUGGACCAUCUGAAUCAGAACGGGUAGAAUAUAAGCUAAAUAGGCUAUGGUUUUAUACUUGUGGCUCACUCAGCUGGGAGGUGUAUUUUUACUGUAAAUACUUUGAUAUUGUUCUAUACUGUUAAUACCAUUGUUUUAAUUUUUGUUUUUCCUUUUAAGGAACAAUAAAGUUUUUAACUGAAA